AAUUAAUUUUGAAUUGCAUUUUUGCUUAUUUUCCUCUAAUCUGUUUCUUGAAUAUAAAUUUCACAGGUACAUCAUUCAAAAAAAUGGAAAAAAUAAUCUCCUAAAUUGAUUAGACUCAUGAAGUGUGAACUGUGAUCUUAGAUUUAAUUAUCCCACAAAACCCUAAAAGUUAGUGCUAAUUUUUCCCCACCCCACAAAUCUCAAAUUUAGUGACAUUUAUUUCUCCAUCUUUUUUUUUUUUUAAAUAUUUUUUUAAUCCGAUUUUUCACUGUGUUUUCUCUAAGUAUUGCUGUUUUUUUAUUUCUUGUGUUUGUAGUAGUUGUUUAGGUGUGGGACAAGUGUAUUUGUGUUAGAAAAGAAGUAAUUUGACUCAUUAACAUUCAGUUGCUGUGAACAAAGCCAAGCUCUUUUGCACAAUUUAGGACCCUGCUACAGUUGUCAUUAUUGGAUCGAAAUAGAGUAAAUGGAGGAUCAAUUUUGAUUCGUGACAUCAUUUGGUGAAUUGGGUGUCCUUUUUCUUGGUGAAUUUAGUGCAUUUUUUGGGUAAAGAUCCAAACUUUAUAGGGAGAUUUAUCAGAUGAGAGGUGAAGUUGAAGGGUUGAGAGGAGAACAAUGACUACAGGGUCAUUGGGUCUUCGUUCUUCCGGGAGUUAUGGAUCAUUGCAACAACAGCAAUUUCAGAACAGUGCAACAACACCUCCUGUUCCACCAAGAAAGCCCCCUAAAAUGUUCAAGGAGAAAGAGGGGAUGUUUCUUUGGAUCUGUAAAUUUGCACCUAGAAAGAAGGUUGGAAUGCUGCUAAUAUGUGCUGUGUCGGCUGCAGUGUUUUUGUGGGUCUUGUAUGUUGGCAAAGGUGGUGGAGAUACACCGGAACUUAACAUCUCCAUGACCAGCGGGGUGUUUCCUCCAGAUACUGGACAGAUUAGGCGUAUCGAUUUGAUAGAGCAAAAUGAUUUUGGACAGAUUGCAUCAAUAGAAUCUCCCCCGCCUCCACCUCCUGCAUAUUUUAAAGGAUAUACUCUUCCUCCUGGGAAUCCAUGUGAAGGCUUCACACUGCCACCGCCCCCAGCAGAUAAGAAGCGGACUGGACCAAGGCCAUGUCCAGUAUGCUAUCUUCCUGUCGAACAAGCUAUUGCAUUAAUGCCGGAUGCACCAUCCUUUUCUCCCGGAGUUAGCAGUUUGACUUACAUCCAUGAAGAAAAUUUGAGUAAAUCCGAGUUUGGAGGUUCAGAAUUUGGUGGGUAUCCUUCACUGAAGCAGCGGACUGAUUCAUAUGAUAUAAGAGAGUCCAUGAGUGUGCACUGCGGAUUUGUCAGGGGAGCCAGGCCUGGGCAUCAGACAGGUUUUGACAUUGAUGAUUCUAACUUUCUUGCGAUGGAAUCUUGUCGAGGUGUUGUUGUGGCAUCGGCAAUAUUUGGUGCUUUUGAUUUGAUUCGGCAACCACGGAAUAUAAGUGAAUAUGCUAAAGCAAAUGUUUGCUUCUACAUGUUUGUGGAUGAGGAAACAGAAAGCUUUAUGAGAAAUUCAAGUGAACUGGAUAAUAACAUGAGAGUUGGUUUAUGGAGAAUCGUCGUUGUUCAUAACCUACCGUAUAAUGAUCCAAGGCGAAAUGGAAAGGUCCCAAAGCUUUUGCUACACAGGCUUUUCCCCAAUGCUCGUUACUCUCUAUGGUUAGAUGCAAAACUUGAGCUUGUUGUGGAUCCAUAUCAAAUACUUGAAAGAUUCUUGUGGAGAAAAAAUGCAAGCUUUGCAAUAUCAAGACACUACAGGCGCUUUGAUGUGUUUGUAGAAGCAGAGGCUAAUAAGGCUGCUUCUAAGUUUGACAAUGCGUCCAUCGAUUUCCAGGUUGACUUCUAUAAAAAGGAAGGUCUAACUCCAUAUACUAGAGCUAAACUUCCUAUCACGAGUGAUGUUCCCGAGGGGUGCGUGAUUGUAAAAGAGCAUAUUCCAAUCUCCAACCUCUUUACCUGCCUUUGGUUCAAUGAAGUGGACCGCUUUACUCCAAGAGACCAAAUUAGCUUUGCUAUUGUGAGAGACAAAAUCAGGGAAAAGACCAAUUGGACUUUGAAUAUGUUCUUAGAUUGUGAACGGCGAAAUUUUGUGGUUCAGGGUUAUCAUAGAGACGUUCUUGAGCGCUGGCCUUCCCCACCUCCACCUGGUGCUAUUGCGGUUGUUCAUCCUCCACCGCCUGUAAUUGUUGCAGCUCAGCCCAAUGUCUCAACAUUAAGUUUUGUUACUAGUCCAGUCAAAAAGAUACCCACAAAGCGUGGGCGAGAAAGGAGAUCCAAACGUCAUAGGAAAGUUAUUCCGGGUAGUUAAGAGAGCUUCAGAUAGAUAUUUCUUUAGUCAAAUUCUUAUUCUUUCCUUCCCCGAAGUCUUAGGAUAUCGAUUGUGGGGUUAGGAACUGUGCAAGAUGAGUGUUAUAGCUGUUGUUUACAAGAAAGGUGGUAUCAAAAUUUUCCAUCAAUUUUUUUAGAAAGGUGAUCCAUUUAUUAUUUUUUGUUGUAUAUAAUUGAGUCUUAAAAAGCUACCAUCAUAUAUAUUGGACAUAGAUUAAGUUCCAUGUACUUUCUGCCCUUGGAACUGCGAAACGAAGAUAUUCACUUUAUGGUGACUGAAUCUUGAUUAAUAGUGCAUUGCAAGUGAUGUGUGCACCAAGCAAUUCAAUGGUAUACGUUUGUCCUGCAUCAA